AACUUAGGGAACCCCCACCUGGCUUCUGCAUAAAAAACUAAUCUUGAAGACGCAGAGGGUUAAUUUCAAGCUCCCACCACCACCACCCACAUCUCCAAUUUGAAAGCCGCCUCUCUACCGGGAGAGGAAGACUCUUUUUCGGUCAGAUGGCGUGCUGCAAUCCGCCCCCGUCAUUCUCCAGCCCACACAGACAGGGCAGCCAGCAACCAAUACGCUGCGCCGGAGGAAGAUUUCUGCCAGAGAUUUCAGACGAGGUACGAUACUCAAAGGGGAUUUACUACGCCAAUCUGAACCGGGAAAGCUUUCGGCAAUAGGUAACAGGGUAAGCAACGAAUAGGAUAACAACUGCGAUGUAUCUGAGCAAGGAGUUUUCUGCGAACAUCUGGCUCAGGGAUAGACAUAGCCUACUUAAUUGCCUCCAGUCGGUGGUUUUAUUUUAGCAGGAGCCAACAAUCCAAGUGUUUCUACUUUAGUCUGAUCGACAUGUGGGCCUAACGUGAUUUUGUUUAAGUGAUCGACCGAAAUGUGCUUGUAUUUCUUUAUCAGUUUCACUCCGUGAGUGGCCUAUACCGACCUGUGACAUCGGUGGUUUGGAGACACACCUUACCGUUUUCCCGUUUCUGCACAUCAGUCUACCUGACUAAAGGAGGUUCAUGUCUUUCUUUUCUCCUAAACUUUCCACAGCUGUGUGCCAUGUCUCUGCCACGCACACUUGGGGAGCUGCAGCUCUAUCGGGUGCUGCAGAGGGCCAACCUGCUGGCCUAUUAUGAAACCUUCAUCCAGCAGGGUGGUGACGAUGUGCAGCAGCUCUGUGAGGCCGCGGAGGAGGAGUUCCUGGAGAUCAUGGCUCUAGUUGGCAUGGCCACCAAACCACUGCAUGUGCGUAGGCUCCAGAAAGCUCUCCGAGACUGGGCAGCGAACCCUGCCCUUUUCAGCCAGCCUGUCUCUAGCGUUCCUCUCGGGGGCAUCCCACUGUUCAAAGUGGAGGGGACUGGCACUGGUGGAUCAGCAGGCGGGCCCAGGAAGUCUUUGAGCAAUGGGCAGCCAGAGUCACCUUGUGAAAGGGAAGAUCGGGCGUGUCUCACUCCAAUGCACAGUGGGAGUCCAAGAAGCCCUUGCUCCCAGGCCUCCCCACAGCCACCAGACACACACUACAGGGAAAAACUGUCCCCCAUGGACCCACACUGGCUCAGCCCAGAGCCUGAUGGGGCAUCUGGAAUAGAUGAGGAGCCCCCGAGCCCACCUCUGCUGUCACCAUGUCCUCCAGGUCCCUCCACAUCUCCUAGCCCCUCUGUUUCUCUUGCCUCGUCGGCCCUGUCAGCCUGGCCCGGAGGACAGCUGGAUGGGGAGACGGCAAGGGCUGUGGUGGAGACUGUGGAGAGGCUCCUCAGGACCCUGCCCAGGUCAGAUCCUGCAGAGUGGAAAACUCUACUUAGGAUGAACAAGAAGAUGGCAAAGACUGUGGGACACAUCUUCAAAAUGGGGUCCCAAGAUGUAAGCAAAGAAGAAGAGAUCCGAAAGUACAGUCUUAUCUAUGGACGCUUUGACUCCAAGAGGAGAGAGGGGAAGCAGCUCACACAUCAUGAGUUGAUCAUCAACGAAGCUGCAGCCCAGUUCUGCAUGCGCGACAAUGCCCUUUUGCUGAGACGGGUGGAGCUCUUUUCUUUGGCUCGGCAGGUGGCAAGAAAAUGUGCCUACACCUCCACACUAAAGCAUGCAAGGACAAAUACAGACGAGAAUAAUGUACUGUGCCAGAAGAGAGCGAGACAUGAGGUCAUCAUGCCUGAGAGUGUGCCAUCAUUUCUCGGAGUGGAAGGCUCAGAGGGUUUGACGCAGAGGGCAGAUGAUGACAGCUUAUCUGCAGAAAGCCUCGACAGUGUGUCGCAUGACCACGACAGUAAAGUUGAGAGGCGGAGCUCGAUAACAGUGUGCAGGAGCAGCAGCCCUUGCAUCACCAAAGACGACUCUAAUCAUCGAGGGAAAUGAAAACGCUCAGCUUUUUUCAGGCAACUUGUCCUCAGGCCUGCCACUAAACUUCACUUAGAGUCUGCAAUACCGACCCUGACUGAUCUGAUGAGGAAAAGACUCUUAUCGACUUCAAAAUCAACACAGUAAUUAUCUGAAUUUACCAGCGACUGACAUUGUAAACCUGCAGUGACAUCUGACCACUGACAUUGUGGAUCAAAAAUGUUUUGAAUUUAAAUUCAGUAAAUGUGUAGGAGAGACACUUUUUUUUCUAAAUACAUGGACUACGUGUCCUGCCGAUUUUAGCUGAUAGUGAAAAAUGUACUGAUUUUAUCCGGACAAACCUGACUUUUUUAAAUUAAGUCUAUAGUGUAUUGUGAGAAGUGCCAUGUGAUGAGAGAGCCACCUGUUUAAGAGAAAUGGCCUCGACACAGCAGGGGGCACUGCAACUUUGGAAAUUGUCUCUCUCAACUUACUCCAGUAUCAUACUGUCCUUAUGUAAAGGAAAUUUGGUUUCAAUAGGAAGACUUUUAUCUACAUUUUCAGAAAGUUACAAUCUAAAAAUGACAACAUUCUCAGCAGCUC